AUGUUGGAGACGAGACUGUACGAUGUCCCGGUCGUUGACUCAAUGGUGACUCGGUGGCAGCUGACAGGUGACACGCUGAUCACGGCGAAACUUGUGCUUAGAGUGAGCGAAGACGAACUCAUUCAUCACACAGAGGGCGUAUCAUUUGCUGUACACCGGCAGGACUUUCAUGCUGACCAGCUGAUAGCUUUGGAGCUCGCACCGGCACAGAUCCUCUUUAUAUUUUCGGGAGACGACAAGGCUAUUAUGGGCAUGAAGGAGGCAGAAGCUGUCACUAAGAGGAUGCUACUUUACGGAAAGCAUAACCACGAGAUGUGCGUGUAUCCCGGAGCUGGACAUCUGGUCGAGCCUCCAUACUCUCCUCUAUGUAAAGCUUCAUAUCAUGCAACCCGCGGUCUUCACAUGGCUUGGGGUGGAGAGGUGCAAGCUCACAGUUUUGCUCAGGAAGACAGCUGGAAGAGGAUCCAAAGUUUCUUCUUGAAGCAUUUGAAGCAGCCUCUAGAUGCGACCCCCUAGCCAUUAAACCUUGACAUGACGCCGCUUAAACAGUGAACUAAGAAUAAUUUGUAACUUUUCGAAGCAUGUAGAAAAUAAGACACUCAUGUUAAAUAUACUCACGCACACACG